GUAGUUUAGUUGUGAUAUCAAAAUGAGUCGUACUUUCGGAUUACUGUUAGUUUUUCUAGGAUUGUGUACACUGUGUAUAGCACAACUGGAAUAUUGUUUAACCCCAAGAAACGAAGGAGGAGAUUGCAAAAUAAUUACAGAAUGUCCAAAGCUAUUUCAAAUUUUAAAAAAUCGUCCUAUAAAAUCUGAGGACGCGGAUUAUCUAAGAAAAUCACAAUGUGGUUUCGAGGGAACGUUACCAAAAGUGUGCUGUGCUCUCAAAGAAACUGUACAAACUACCACGCAGCGUCAAGUGGACUAUGACAUUCCUAAACCUGCAGAUAGUCCUCUGUUACCUUCAAAAGAAGAAUGCGGUAUCGGAAGUAUACCGGACAAAAUUUAUGGAGGCAACACAACGGAUCUCGAUGAAUUUCCAUGGAUGGCCCUCAUUGAUUACGAGAAAGAUAACGGCAAUCAUGGAUUUUAUUGUGGAGGGGUACUAAUUAAUGCAAGGUAUAUACUUACAGCAGCUCAUUGUGUUAAAGGAAAAGAUUUACCAAGAAAUUGGAAACUAGUUGGCGUUAGGCUUGGAGAAUAUAAUACAGAGACCGAUUCAGACUGUGUACAAACAGUAAGUGGUCAAAAAUGUGCACCUCCUCCAGUUAAUAUUGCUGUAGAAGAACGAAUUGCCCACGAGCAGUAUAAUCCCUACGAUCAAAACCAAUACCAUGACAUUGCCUUACUUAGACUUUCAAGAAAUGUAAAAUAUACCGGAUUUGUUAGACCCAUUUGUCUUCCAAAAACUGCAGAUGAUCAAUCUAAAAAUUACACAGGCAAAAAACUAACAGUUGCUGGAUGGGGUAAAACAGAAACGCGAUCGGAAAGUAAUAUAAAACUCAAGUUAGAUGUACCAGUAAAAGCUAAUACCGAGUGUUCAAAAACUUACCGACAAGCCGGUGUUCAAGUCAACAACGGCCAACUGUGCGCAGGAGGUGAGAAAGGCAAAGAUUCCUGCAGAGGCGACAGCGGCGGACCCCUUAUGGCUUACGCUUCUGAUGAAGAGUUCCAGUUGAAUUGGUUCAUUAUUGGUGUAGUGUCCUUUGGACCUUCCCCUUGUGGAAUGGAAAACUGGCCUGGAGUCUAUACGAAAGUUGCUAAUUAUGUGCCCUGGAUAGUGUCGAAAUUGAAGCCUUAAAUACUUUUUUGGACAUUAUCAAUGCUUGUUAAAGAUAUUUACAAUAAGAAGUUUUUACAGUCACUGUUAAAUAAUUUAGAUUUUUAACUUACCGAUAUAAAAUAUAGAGAAACAAUAAUGUGACAUUAUUAUGGCAGAAUAUACCCAUACAUUUACGUGCAAAAUAUGAUAAUUUGAGGCUUAUAAGAUGUAUAAUGAUUCGGUGUAGUUCAAGUGUUCGGAAAAUGUUAUAAUUUCAGACGUUUUAAACAUAUAUAUCUAAAUUAUACAUUAUGUAUUAUUUUUGAAAUUGUAUUAAGGUACUUAGAUUAUUUUAGUCAUCGAUUUUUGGUAACUAAGAAACUGUUUUCGCCACUGUAAAAUUAACCGAUGAUAUUUAAUUAUAAAUAUCAAGUAAUUGGUAGAAUAUUUCUAUUAUUAUUUUUCCUCAUGGUGCUAUAGAAAUGUUUAUAAAUAUUUUUUAAUAAUUUAUUAAGAAAGCUUUAUAUUUCUAUAGAUAAAUUGCAUUAAUAUAUAAGUAUCUCCUAUGCAAUUUUUAAUACAAAAACAUAAUUAUUAGUGGCUUUAUUUGUGAUCGUUAUGAAACAGCCUACGUGUGCUAUGUAUUGAAAAAAUUAUUCAAAUUAUACUCAUUUUAGUUUGUAUUUUUAUAUGCUCAAAUUUGGUU